UUGAACAGUGCCAAGGCAGCCACUGGUAAGAAAUUAUUUUUUUCCCCCAUACAUUAACUCAUAUUUUCUUCUUGUGAAAACAUCUGAUGGUAUGUACAUAAUGUCUUACAGAUGUAAAACGUCUCAUAUCUUUCACUAUGCCUGACAAAUCCAAAAAGCCAAGAUCCCACAGCUCCAGGUCUGCCAAGAAAACCCGGAGUCCAAAAGCGCUAAAAAAGAAAUCCUCUUCUGCCAAGAGCAAAAAGAUAGAGGUGGACAUCCUCAGCCCUGCAGCCAUGGAGAACCUCUACUACAUCUCCCACAUUGCAGCAGACUGUCUGGAGUAUAGAGGAUUUGGGUGGCCAAACCCCCAGAAGAAAAAGAAGGUUGUACAAAACCUGGAAAAUCCACAAAAAGUAAGGUAAGAGAGGAAGGAAGAAAUGACAAGGACAGAACACAAGAAAGGAAGGAUGGAAGAAUGCAAUAAGGUAGGGAAAGAAUUACACAAAGAAGCAAGAAAAAAGACAAUGGAGACAGGGAGAUAGAAACCAAAAAAACUAAAGAAGGAAGAAAGCAAGACAAGUGAGAAAUGAUGCAAAGGGGGGGGAGGCAAGAAAACAAAAAAGAUACAAGGGAGGAAGAAAAAAGCACAUUUUGACAAUAGGAGAUGGGAAAUAAAGUCUAAAAAUGAGCCUCUUUAAUGAAAGAAGAUAAAGA